CGUUAAAUCAGGUCAAGAAUAAUGAACGGUGGCGAAACAACGAAACAACAUCAUUGAGAAGUCGUUGUCGGUUGCGGUACGAUCGGUGUUCGCUCGAAAUUAUCGGAAAUUUGUGCGUGAAAUGCCGCUGAACUAGCCGCAAAAGACUUAUCGAGAGUUUCGGAGGGUUUUUUUAAGGUCGAUUCGCAAUGGCUUUGGGAAACGGGAGCGCCGCUAACGGGGGUGUUACCCAGGAGAAGGCCCCGGUGGUCAACGGGACCAACAUGGAAACGCUGCCCAGGGCUGGAAAACAGACUGACCCCAACACGGCUUUCCUGAGGGCAGCCAGAGCUGGCCAGCUGGACAAAAUACUGGAAUACCUGGAUUCGGGGACGGUUCGAGACAUAAAUACAUCAAACGCCAACGGCCUGAACGCCCUUCAUCUAGCAGCCAAAGACGGCCACAUAGAAAUAGCCAGGGAGCUGUUGAAACGCGGCGCUAUACCGGACGCGGCCACCAAAAAGGGCAACACCUCCUUGCACAUCGCGUCUCUCGCCGGACAAGAGGACAUCGUUCGAUUGCUGGUCCAACACGGUGCUUCUUUGAACGUUCAAUCGCAAAAUGGCUUCACGCCGCUCUACAUGGCUGCCCAAGAGAACCACGAUGGCUGCGUUCGAUAUUUGCUGUCCAAAGGUGCCAAUCAAGCUUUAGCUACCGAGGACGGUUUCACACCGUUGGCGGUGGCGAUGCAACAAGGCCACGACAAAGUAGUGGCCGUGCUAUUAGAAAACGACACCAGAGGGAAGGUCCGGCUGCCCGCCCUCCACAUAGCCGCCAAAAAGGACGACGUCAAAGCCGCCUCAUUGCUCCUCCAGAACGAGCACAACCCCGACGUCACCUCCAAGAGCGGCUUCACCCCCUUGCACAUCGCCGCCCACUACGGCAACGACAAAGUGGCUUCGCUACUCUACGAAAAAGGCGCUGACGUUAAUUACACAGCCAAACACAACAUCACGCCGCUCCACGUGGCCAGCAAAUGGGGCAAAAUAAACAUGGUGACCCUGCUGGUGGCGAAAGGGGCUGAUAUCCAAGCUAAAACUAGAGAUGGAUUGACACCGCUUCAUUGCGCCGCCAGAAGCGGCCACGACCACGUAGUGGAUCUCCUCUUGGAAAACGGCGCCCCGAUGCACGCCAAAACCAAAAACGGCUUGGCUCCGUUGCAUAUGGCAGCGCAAGGCGAGCACGUGGACGCCGCUAGGAUACUGCUCUACCACGGAGCGCCUGUAGAUGAAGUUACUGUAGACUAUCUCACCGCUUUGCACGUGGCCGCCCAUUGUGGGCACGUCCGCGUGGCCAAACUCCUGCUCGAUCGAGGCGGCGAUCCCAACGCCAGGGCUUUGAACGGCUUCACGCCGUUGCACAUCGCUUGCAAGAAGAACCGAAUCAAAGUGGUGGAGUUGCUGCUCAAGCACGGAGCUAGUAUCGGUGCUACAACUGAGAGCGGUUUGACGCCAUUGCACGUGGCUAGUUUCAUGGGUUGCAUGAAUAUCGUUAUUUAUUUGCUGCAACACGAUGCUAGUCCGGAUAUACCGACCAUACGAGGCGAGACGCCGCUGCAUUUGGCGGCUAGAGCCAACCAGACUGACAUAAUAAGGAUACUCCUGCGAAACGGAGCAUCGGUUGACGCGAAGGCUCGAGAAGAGCAAACUCCUCUCCAUGUAGCUUCCAGAUUGGGCAACGUUGAUAUUGUCAUGUUACUGCUCCAGCACGGGGCCCAAGCACACGCUACCACUAAGGAUUUGUACACGCCGCUGCACAUCGCGGCCAAAGAAGGACAAGAAGAAGUGGCUUCAGUUCUGCUGGACAACGGCGCCGAUUUGACCGCCACCACGAAGAAAGGCUUCACGCCUCUGCAUCUGGCCUCCAAGUACGGCCACCUCAACGUCGCCAGGUUGCUGUUGCAGCGCGACGCCCCCGCCGACGCCCAAGGGAAGAACGGCGUGACGCCGUUGCACGUCGCCGCUCACUACGAUCACCAGCCCGUCGCGCUGCUGCUGCUCGACAAAGGGGCUUCGCCCCACGCCGUCGCCAAGAACGGCCACACGCCCCUGCACAUCGCCGCCAGAAAGAACCAGAUGGACAUCGCCACGACUUUACUAGAAUACGGUGCUCAAGCGAACGCGGAAUCCAAAGCGGGUUUCACGCCGUUACACCUCAGUUCCCAAGAGGGCCACGCCGAUAUGUGCUCGUUGCUGUUGGAGCACCAAGCCAACGCCAAUCAAGCAGCCAAGAACGGAUUGACUCCGCUGCACCUUUGCGCCCAGGAGGACAGGGUGCCGGCGGCGCAGCUGCUGCUGAGGGCCGGCGCUCAGAAGGAGGCGAAGACGAAGCAGGGCUACACGCCGCUGCACGUGGCCUGUCACCACGGGCACGUGAAUUUGGUGCGGCUGUUGAUCGACCAAGGGGCGGAGGUGAACACCACGACGGUGGCGGGCUACACGCCGCUGCACCAGGCCGCCCAGCAGGGUCACGUCCUGGUGAUUACGCUGCUGUUGAGGAACAAGGCCGAUCCCAACGCGCUGACCAACAACGGGCAAACCGCUUUGGGUAUAGCGAAUAAAUUGGGUUACAUCAGCGUCGUGGAGGAGUUGAAAGUGGUUACUGAAACGAAUAUAACGACUACUACUAAUGUGAAUAUCGAGGAGAAGUAUAAAGUGGUGGCGCCCGAGGCCAUGCAGGAGACGUUCAUGUCGGAUUCCGAGGAUGAAGGAGGCGGAGUGGACGAGCAUCCAGUCGCUUACGGCCGACCGACGCAUGCUCAGCACAUCUAUCUGCCCUUCUACCAGGGACAUAUGACCUACACACGUGACGAUCCUCUGCUGGACCAGCAACAGUAUAAAUACAUGACUGUCGAUGACAUGAAGAGUUUCGGUGACGAUUCGAUGAGAAUGGACGUCACGAAUGAUGAGAAAAGCGAGUACAAUCGGAAUUCUAUAGCGCCAUCUCAUUUGAGCAACGACUUGAUUAUAACGCCGCAGCACGUUAGAGAAUAUUACGCAGCGAACUCGUACUCAGCUCCGGAUAAUGUGGAUAUCAAUCGACAACCCAUCACUGUCGGCUUAAGCAAUGAAGACUGGGCGCGCCUAGAGCACCAUUUGCGUCGAUUGGGUCGUGUCAAAAUCAAGGGAUCAGGCCUGUGCAGAGAAAGCUUCCUGGUGUCGUUCAUCGUGGACGCGCGAGGCGGCGCCAUGCGCGGCUGCCGCCACUCCGGCGUCCGGGUGAUCGUGCCGCCGCGGUGCGCCCCGAGCCCCACGCGGAUCACCUGCAGAUACGUCAGGCCCCAGAGGACGCCGCACCCGCCGCCCCUCAUGGAGGGCGAGGCGCUGGCCGGCAGGCUGCUGGAGCUCGGCCCUGUCGGCGCCAAGUUUUUGGGCCCGGUUAUCAUAGAAGUGCCGCACUUCGCUUCGUUGCGGGGCAAACAACGGGAGAUCAUCGUGCUGAGGUCGGAUAACGGGGAGACGUGGAAGGAGCAUACACUCGAGGCCAGCGAAGAGGCUAUUCAGGACGUUUUGAACCACAGUUUCGAUGGUGAAGAACUGAGCCAGAUCGAAGAUUUGCACACGAACCGGAUAACGCGCAUCGUCACCAACGAUUUCCCGCACUAUUUCGCGGUGAUAUCGCGCAUCAGGCAGGAAGUACACGCCAUCGGUCCCGACGGCGGGACCGUCUCCAGCUCGGCGGUGCCCCUCGUGCAGGCCGUCUUCCCGCCGAACGCGCUCACCAAGAAGAUCAGAGUCGGUCUACAGGCUCAAGGGAUCGAGCCGGAGCUGGUGGCGAAGCUGCUGGGCCACGGGGUGGCCGUGUCGCCGAUCGUGACGGUGGAGCCGCGCAGGAGGAAGUUCCACAAGGCGAUCACGUUGAGCAUGCCGGCGCCUAAAGCUCAUUCCCAAGGUAUGAUUAAUCAGUAUCAGGGGACGACGAACACCACGUUGCGGCUGUUGUGCUCCAUCACCGGAGGUCAAAACAAGGCCGUAUGGGAGGACGUCACGGGCUCGACACCGCUGACAUUCGUCAAAGAUUGCGUGUCUUUCACCACCACAGUAUCGGCGCGAUUCUGGCUGAUGGACUGCAGAAACGUGGCCGACGCCGCCAAAAUGGCCACGGAAUUGUACAACCAAGCCAUGCACGUUCCGUUCAUGGCGAAAUUCGUGGUGUUCUCGAAGCGAGUGUCGCCGGUCGAAGCCAGACUGAGGGUGUUCUGCAUGACCGACGACAAAGAGGACAAGACCUUGGAGCACCAGGAGCACUUCACGGAGAUAGCCAAGAGCCGGGACAUCGAGGUGCUGGAGGGCAAGGACGUGUUCAUGGAGUUCGGCGGAAACAUCGUGCCCGUGCUGCAAUCGGGCGAUCAGCCCAAAUUGGGAUUCAAGGCGUUCAGGGAGAACCGGUUGGCUUUUACUAUUCGUUUGAGAGAUCAGGAUGAAGAUGCAUCCGGAAGGGUUAUAUUUAUGAGUGAAGCUAAAGUAGCUAGAGGAGAACCGAACCAGACUCCUCUUUGCACAUUAAAUUUAGUCUUACCUAAAGACGUAGUCACCAGUAGGGAUUCCCAAUCGGAUUUGUUAUCGUUGGAUAAAGACCACAGUUAUCUUCAAGAAGGUGGCAUCAGCAAACCGGACGCCAUUCAUCGGGCUGAUUUCCGCUUGUCCGAUACUUGCAAUCUACUGGACGAAGACUGGGAGAAACUGGCCCUCGAAUUAGACAUCCCGCCUUCGGAUAUCGAACUGAUCAAAGAGGAGUAUCCGGAAAACAAGCCCCAACAAGCCAUGAUCAUGUUCAGGUUGUGGUUGAGGCAGAAAGCCAACAAAGCCACCGGAAAUAAACUGGAACAGGCUUUGAAGAAAAUCGGUCGACAGGAUAUUAUCGAUAAGUGCAUUUGUAACGUCGAAUUAGUUACAGACGAUAUGGAAAAAGCUUUGGCCAAAGUGCAUUUGGACGUCGAUCAAUCGGGUUUCGAUAAUUUGAAAGAGGAACUCGGCCAUUCCCGAGACGCUUCCCUCAGCCGGGACGCUCACAUCGAUCGAUCCUAUUCCAGCCAAGACGAUCUGGACAGAACCGAUAAAACCGAGAACGAGAAAUUACACAACGCCUUGAAUAAACCGGCGGACCAUUCCCCAUCGGCCCCGCCGAUCGAGAUACUCCCUAACGAUGUAGAGAUUAAAAUGAGCAACGACGAAAACGAGGCGAUUAAAGAGAUAACGAACCAACUGAACCACGGGUUGGGUACCACGCCCGCGACCGGCGGAACCCCGCCUCCCAGUCCCGCCGAAUUCGGCGCCGGGGAACCCCCAUUGAACCGCCACAUCAGCGAAAACGAAACCAAAGGGUCGCGAACGCGCGACGAAGGCGUUCACACGUCGACGCCGAAACGGUUCAGGAUCGAGGAGGAUCCCAUCGCGACGCUGAAGCGGCACGUGCACGACACGCUGACGUUCCUGCACCAGGAGCGCAACGACUUCCUGCCCGAGGACGACGUCAUCAUACCGAGCCGCAAGGACGAUCACAUCUCGCGGCGCAUCGAUUUGGAUAGCAUCCCGACGAGGAGGUCCACCGGCGACGAGAGCUUCCACGAGAUGGUGGAAAGAGAGGUGGACGAGGUGAUCAGCGAGGCCGAGGAAGUCGUCAACAGCCGACUGAGCAAUUCCGAUACUCUGUACGAUGUAUCCGGGAGGUUGUUGACGAAUAACAGGGAUGUGGCGGAGGAUAAAGACAGCAUCUUCGAGGACGUGAAGACGAUCACGGAGGAUUCGUUGGAUAACUUGGAGAGCCUCAAGGAGGAUUCGAUAUCGGUGAUACAGGAGAAGAGCGAGGAGGCGUUUCGGUUUCUCGAGAACGAGGCGUCGAGUCCGAUCGUGGGGAAGCGCGAACCGGAAUUCAGCUCUGGCGAGGAUACGUUGCUGGAGGACUCGUCGAAGAAGACGCCCAAGAGCUCGAUACCGGUGGCGAGGCCGCGCAAAAGCGUCGAAAUCAAGGAGAAAGAAACCGAAGGCGAAGCCGAGCUGUCGAAAAUACCCGUAAUAAAAGGCGGUAAAAUCAAAACUAUCAAAAAACACUCGAAGGAUCCGCUCAAAGAGUUCGUCACGCUCUCCAAAGACGUGAAUUGGGACGAUGACGACGAAACCGCCAAAAUAAUCGAAACCGUCACCACCACUGCGGAUCCCAUCGUCAAAACCACAGUCACCAGAAUCACCACCGAAACCACUCACAACCCGCCGGACGCUUUGAACUUAUCCGACGCCUCGCCCAGGAGUAAAAUCCCCGUUCUGAGGACCGAAAGCACCAGGAUAACCUCGCCGGCGGACGCGGUGCAGUCGCCCGGAUCGAAGGUAUCGACGAUAGACUCCGAAUCGGACGACGACAGUCGCAGGAGCCCCUUGAAGGGGAUACUGAAGAAGCCGGCCAGGACGGUGGGCAGUUCGAGCGGCUCCGACGUGGCCUUGCACGAGGAGGGCGCCGAGCUCAGCGAGGACGAGUCAGAAGACUUCUAUCAGCAAGAACCGCAAUUUACGAUCGUCACGCAAGAAACAGUCGAUCCAGUCACAGGAGCAAAGGUUACGAAAACAAUCAAAACAGCAAGCCAAGUCGUGACCGGCUCGGCCGGUCAAACCGAGUCCGAGUUGAAGCACAACAUUCAAACCGUUUUGGAUCAAUUCAUGGCGGAGGAACGGAAUCCUCAUUAGAGCGCCCGUCGCGACAAUAUUUGUUACUUAAAAUGGACGUUGGGUUCCCCUUUUGGCGGGGAAUUGUUGCUGCAUAAGGUUUCGAUUGCGGACGGUUCACGGAAAAAAAAUUGAUUGGUAAUUGCGUCGAUAACAUUCCAUUUGGUUUAUGAUGUUGGUAUAUAUUUUUUGACUGUGGAAAACAAUACCGUAACAGCAUCAGUUGCGUUUCGGUUUUUUUUAAAAGUUUGGUAUUAUUUUUGGAGGGCAAAAAUUUACCCAAACUGCACCGGUGGGGUUGUUUUUUUUUUCGUGAACCGCUAGUAAAAAGGGCUGCUUCAAUUUUGUAUUGUUGAAAUUUAGAAAUUAUUAUUAGCAGUUUUAUCAACCUGUUGGAAAUCAAAAUGGUUUUUAGCUAAUUUUAUUUUUCCAAUUGAAAAUCAGAAAUUUUUAUAUGACCAAUUGCAAGUUGUGAGAUUUUUAAAUGUUUAUUGUAUAGCGAGUUAAUUACGAAUAAUUUUAGAUUUAUAUUGUAUAUUUAACUUUUACAGAUAUAUUAAAUUUCUAAAAUUAUUUAUUAGCAAAGUAUGCAAUUCAUCACUACUAAUAGGGAAUUUAAGAAAAUAUUACAGUCAUUAUGGGAUAGAAUAUUUUGGGACGGUUGUUUUGCCGGUGGUGAAUUUUGUAUUUUGCGGAAUUCAGCUUGAACUAGGCAACAUUUACAUUAUUAAAAAAUAUGUAAUUUUUAGCAAUUACAUUUGAAUAGUGUUUAGACUAUCGUUUUUACUUAAAAAAAAACACUAAAUUAGGAAAGUAAUGGUUUUUCAGUAUCAAUUUAUACUAUUAUAGGUACAGCAUUAUACAUAUUUGAAGGGUACUAAAUUUCCGUCAGCACUAGGUGUGAAAGUUUUAUUAUAUAGAUUUAAUAUAUUAUAAACCAUUAUGCUUUAACCGC